AUGACUGGGCCGUCAUACUCGAUGAUUGGCGAGAUCAAGCGCAUUUUGGAUCUCAUAACAUCCCUCGUCCAGCUUCCGUUAAGCCAAGAACAGAUUCGAAACAAUGUGACGUUCACCUCUCCGCGUGAACUGCUUUACUUCCCCAUUCCGUUCAAAGAAACCGAGGUCGCGUCAGCGUUGAAGGCCAUCGAGGGAAGCCUGGCCUCCGCACUCGCCGCCCUUGAGAAUGAUGGACCCGAAUCAACCGCCCCUGUCAUCGUAAGCCUCGAGAGAACCACCGCGUUUCUCUUCCAGGCCUAUCUAGCUUCUGUCGGGGGAUUCGGCAAGCUCGACGAGGGCGUAAAGGCAUUCCUGCCGGACACGGACUUGUUGCAAGCCCAAUCAGACCCAUAUAGGCGCAUGUCGGCGAACCUGUACGAGACCAAGCGAGCGGGAGAAUACUAUCACAUUCACGGCUCUCUGGAGGCAUCUACGACGCUACGCAUGAUCGGCCUUGAACCCUUCAGACCGGAUCUACAUGACCACGAUGCCAUUGUUGAGACGAUCGAGUCCAAGGUCAGGCAAUUGACCGUCGAGGAGCUGGAAGAGUUGAAUGCGAAGAAUCGCCAGGCGGGUAUCCCUGCCUUGCAAUACGACACGUUUUGCGCAACGCCCCAUGGCAAAGCCAACAUCGAUCUACCACCAUGGACAGUCGAUAACCUCGAGGAAACUACGCCGCCGACUCCUUUACCCAGAACUAGACCAUGUCGGGUACUGUCUGGAGUGAGAGUGUUGGAGUUAUGCCGUAUCAUCGCCGGUCCCGUCAUGGGCAGAAUUCUGGCGGAAUACGGAGCCGACGUGCUGAAAAUAACAGGCCCCAACCUCAGUGAUGUACCGUUCUUCCAAGUAGACGGCAAUAUGGGCAAGCACGCGGCCGAGAUCGAUUUGAAAUCAGAUAAAGGCAGGAAAGUCUUCGAGGCCCUCCUCGAGGAUGCUGAUGUCGUAUUGGACGGAUACCGCCCCGGGACAUUCGAGAGACUAGGCUAUGGGCCGAAAGCGCUGGCGGAACUGGCGAAGAAGAGAGGCAAAGGCAUCGUCUAUGUCAAUGAAAACUGCUUUGGGUACGAGGGUCCAUGGGCACACCGGCCUGGUUGGCAGCAGAUUGCCGAUUGUGUAAGCGGCGUCGCCUGGGAACAAGGCAAAUUCAUGAACCUCAACGAACCAGUCGUGCCGCCCUUCCCCAUCUCCGACUACGGCACGGGCUGCAUGGGCGCCAUCGCCGCGCUGACGGGCCUCCACCACCGCGCGACCAAGGGCGGGUCCUGGCACGGCAAGGUGUCCCUCCUGCAAUACGACCUGCUUCUCUUCAAGGUCGGGAUGUACCCGGAGGAAGUGCGGGACCACCUCCGAAGGGAGGCCGGCGAGGAGUUCCUCGCGCUGCGGCACAGCCACAGCGUGGAUCAGAUCUCGGGCACGGCGCUCCGUCGGUUGCAGUCGCUUCACCCGCAUUUGUUCGACGUGGAUGAAGUGGGCGACAGCUGGUAUUCGGGUGCGUACGAUGCGGACGUGGUUGUCGUCCGGCCCGUUGUGGAAGUUGUGGGCCUGGGUGUGGGGUUUGAGAGGGCGAGUCGUCCUAACGCGACGGACGCCCCUAGUUGGAACUUUUUGGGUGAUGAUGAUUACUGGAAGGAGUUUUGA